UAAUGGCGGACGUCAUUUUAGAACUUUGCAGUGUUCCAAUAUAAUUACAUAUUUCACGAAAAUAAUAAUGGAUUUGAAUGAGUCCCUGUUCAGUCGAUUGACCAAGAAGCCAUCUCGACCAGUACUGAGUCGCAGCUUAUCAGACAGCGGUCCAGAGGAGGCUAGAGAUGCAGAUGGUGAAUCAUCUGAGUCUGGGACACCGCACGGUGCAUCAUAUGACUCCUUACUCAUCCCAGAAACACCAAGCCCAGUGUUUAAGCGGUGUAAGAACAAGCGGGAACGAGAGGUCCACCCCAGCUUAGAAGAUGACUCAGACUCUAAAAGAUCCCGGGCCAUGCAGAAGAGUCUUGAUCGAUUCAUCUCCCCCUUUAAACCUGCUGAUCUUAAGAACAGAGAGCGGAAAGAAGCUUUUGAGAAACUUCGAGUCGCACGGGAAAAGAGGUUGGCAAAAAUUGAAUCAGAUUCUGAUCGUGAAGAUAGAAACCCAACACAGUCUCCAACAAAUGGUUACAAAUAUGCUCACUUUGGAACUGGGUAUCUUGGUUGGCCAUCAGAAUCUGAAUCUGAGAGUGAUGAUGAUGGUGACAGUAUUCCUCUACGUGCAGUUCUACAUGACUCGAAAGUUAAACAGUCUUCAUCUAAAGUAUCUAUAGACCCGGGUAGUGAUAGACUUGAAAUGAGAAAUAACAUUGUGAAAAAUCCGUCUGUGAGCAGGCAGAUGAAGGAAGCUGUUCCUAGUCAUUCUGUGGCUGCAGUUAUAGGCAGCGAGGCCAGUUAUGUCUCAGAGGUCAAGGUCAAGACUGAGGUACAGUGUGAGGGGAAGGGGGACUCAAGUAAACUCAGUGUGGCCGAGUUUGUGAGUCCUAAGCCUGAAGGUCACCAGACGCUUGACAGCAAUGCCGCUGAAAAUACGAGACCCAUGCGUCUGAAGAUACGAGGCAGAAAAAGGAAAACAGGGAUUGUGAAGUCGGUGAAGAUGCAACGCUCAAGCAGCUGGCUUUGAAUAGGCGCAGGA